CAGCGGGGCAGAACGCUUCCAGCCCACUGGAGAGGGGAAAAGAAGCAGCAGCAACAGCAACAACAGCAGCAACAACAGCAGCAGCAGAGAUGCUUUGCCGGAUGCACCUCGCACCAUUCGCCUCCAGCUCCCUGGCCAGCCGUCUGGGCACGGUGAGGACCCUCUGGCCACACGCAGAGACCAUCUUCACUGAGCUGCAGCAGGAGAUGGAGAAAGCUCGGGAGUUCAUGAGCAGCUUCGAGCAGCUUCUGAGCAACCACGGAGCCAUCGCAGCGGAGCGUGCCCCGAGCACCAGCACGACCCUGGCCCAGGGCUCCGGGGACGGCUUCUCCGUCUGCCAGGACGUGAAGAACUUCGCUCCCGAGCAGCUGUCGGUGAAGGUGGUGGGCAGGAAGGUGGUGCUGGUGGGGCAGAAGGAGACACAGAACGUCGACGAGAAGGGCUCCUUCUCCUACAAGUACGAGGUGCUGAAGCGGGAGUGGGACGUGCCCGAGGAGGUGGACGCCGAGGCGCUGACCUGCUCCCUGUCGAAGGACGGGCAGCUCCGCAUCGAGGCCCCCAAGCUGGCCCUGCCGGCUGCUCCGGAGAGGAAUGUGCCCAUCCAGGUCAGCCCUGCAGCCCCACAGCCUGGACCAGCCUCUGAGGACGAAGCUGCCAACAAAGCCCAGGUGUAACUGGAUGGGACCCCAUGGCCACGGCAGGACCGGAGCAGACAGGAGCAAGUCUUGGGUUUAAGCCCAGACAAGCUCCAUCAGCAAUGAUGUCAUUUUUUUCACUAUACUGGAAUGUUUUUGUAUCCAAUAAAAAUACUUUUGCAUAGAA